UCUUCGGAGGAGGAUGUUCCGGUACUUGGUGGCUUUAUUUUUAACUCUAUGCGUGACAUUUGCGCCUUGUGCGGCGAAGACCCGAUUUAAACGUCAACAGUUUAGUCCGCUAGAAGCCUGCACGGUCUCACACCAGGAAAUUGAGGAGUUGAUACGAGUUACAAAAAAUCUUAAUGCGCCUUCUGAAAGUGUACAGUUUGAUGUUCGAGCGGGGUUUGAUCCAGCUGCAGCUGCCGCGAAUCUUGACAAAUGUGCUAAGAGACUGACACAGUUUCGUGGGACGCUACAAACAGUCAUUCAAAGCUACAAAUCAAUUAACCGGGAUACCAUGAAUCAGGCACAAUAUGAACGUGCAAAAGCUCGCUAUCAAACGGAUAUACAGCGACUGUUGCGUAGGAUAGAUAAUCUAAAAAGAGAUGUUGAGGACCGAUAUCGAGGUGAAAUGGAAAAUUUGCGCAGCAAUAUGCAGCAGUUCAAAGUACAGUUGGACGACAAUCUUAGCCAACUGGAAAAGGAACGUGCAAAGACUAAAGAUGCAUUUGUGCGGUUAUGCAUUGCAAACAUACGAGCCGGUAGAAUCAAGGAUGCUGUUAAUGAUUUCCGAAAUCUGGAUGAUCUUCCGUAUCAACAGAUUGUUACUGAGGUAUACGAAGACGAACCGAAAAAUGCUGAUCUAGUGCUUAACUUUUUAGAAGCGAUUGAUCUAUACUAUGAGCCACUACGUGGAUACGAAACAUUGUUUGAACACAUGAAACGCCAUAACCAACUCAGCGGACAUAAAGGUCGACGAUUACUGACACAUAUCAUGGCACUAGUAACUGCGGAUGAUGAGCAUUCCCAACGAGCGUCGGAUCUAAUGAACGUUUUUAAGACAAAUAUGUAAACAAAAGAUUAAAAAAUUGAUAAGUAAUAUUGUUACGUACAAUAUAGUUGAGAAUCUAUUUCGAGUGAACGCAUUUUAUUUGACGGACCCUUUAUUUAUACACAGUUGCGUUUCGGCUUCGUCUCAUCAGAAACCGACACUAACUUUUUGUCGGAAUAGAUUAGCGCCGGCUUGACGCAAAUCCCUUAAAACUAAAACACACAUUGUGUUUCAAUCGAACGACUGAUCAAACGUGAUGUCCCGUCCGAGCAGAAGUUCUGUUUAUGCCGAUGAGACACAGUGAAGCCGAAACUUGUCUUGGCUUAGCAGGCCUAUGCGAAAGCACUAUGCUAUAUUUCACCCUAAGGAGGAAAAUUUGGUAAACACCGUCAAGCCGGCGAGAAUCUAUUCCGACAAAAAGUUAGUGUCGGUUUCUGAUGAGGCGAAGCCGAAACGCAACUGUGUAAGAAAUAAGGAUUUGUGCCCUCAAGUGCAAAGACUGGUUUUACCAACAAAUUUUCACCCUAGUGAGAAAUUUUGGUGUUUACCAAAUUUUCCUCCUUAGGGUAAAAUAUAGCAUAGUGCCUUUAUUUAUAGUUUUACAUUUCUCCUAUAAUAAAAGCUAUAAAAUUCCUACAAAACUCGACUUUUUAACUGUUGAUACGGUAUUUAAUUAGCAAGGGACUGGAAGGUGAAGUAUAUUUUCCAAAUCAAGAGCCAUAAUACUCAAGGGAGAGCAAGGAGUUGAAGGAAGAAAUUUUAGAAAAGCGUGGAAAGGGUCAUAUGAGCAAGCUUAGAGUUUA